AUGUCAGAUGAUAUAAUAGAGUAUGAGUGUGUUGAUAAUAAGGUGGUGACAGGAAGAAACAGGAUUCUGGACACUGCAACAACAAAUGGAGUGAAAUGUGUCUGGACCGGCGCCAUCACCAACAACCGAACCACUGUUAUGAUGUCUUUCAACUUUGACUGGAACGAACUGAAAGAUCAAGGUGUCGACACUCUCGAGGGUCGUCUUUCCCUGCAAGCACUUGCUGAAUUUGACCCGAUCCCUGGAGAAUUUCAUAUUGACUUAAAAUUAAGCGAUCCAAAUCAGUUGGUAGAGAAAAAGUUGGAAAAUGAGAUCUGGUGUGAAGAGAGAUUUUUGAUCUGGAAAUUCAAUUUGAAGCCAUAUCGGUUAUGGAUUGAAAACUUUGAGAGGAUGUUUGCACCGUCGGAUAAAAAUGAUGGAGUACUGGUGGUUGAGGGGAAGAAGUUGAAUGUUAAUAAGGCGUUCCUUUCUUACCACUCGGAUUUCUUCCAAGCCUUGUUCACCACCGGUAUGAUAGAAGGUAAACUUGAAGAGAUCCCCAUCAAAGACGUCUCUUACAAAGAUUUUGGACAACUUUUAAGCGUGAUUCAUCCGGAUACAGUAUUCCCGGAUGACAAAACAUCCGAGAAACUUCUGGAACUAGCUGAUAGAUUUAUGGUACCAGCUGUUAUCAAAAUAGUGGAAUACCACCUCCUGAAUAACUCUAAAAUAGAAAAUGAGAAUUUGAUGUGGAUGGCUGAUAGAUAUGGAAUGGAGAUGCUGUUGGAGAAGAUGAUUCGAGAAUUGGAUACUGUGGUGAAGGCGAAGAUGUUGAAGGAGUCACCGAGAUAUAUGGAUUUGUCUGACAAGGCGAAGGGGAAGAUUUUGGAUAAAAUUAUGAUGAUUAUUUGA